UUGGGUUUGUUUCGCAUGCCGGCCGAUGGUGUCGCUGUUGGAUAUUCUGCUUUGCACAUGACCACCGAACUCAAACGAGGAAGUGAUUCCCUGCGUGGACAACUUGACGUCAACGUUGUGUAACUAGUCACCGCUACAUUCGUAGAAAUAUAUGGUGUUUGACAUGAAGCCAGCAAGUCCAGACCACUGCUCCAUAUUUGACAUUUGCUCCCAAGAUGAGACCUUAAUAAGACUGACAGAAGUAAACGCCGUUCUAAAACAGAGUAUUAACGGAGAGCCAAAAACAGAAAAGUUUGAGGAUAAAGGCUCAGAAGAUGUCAGAGAGGUCUUGGACAAAAUGGUCUGCUCAGCCUGCAGAUGCUCCUUCAUUAACCGUGAAGAACAGAUGGAACACUACAAGCUCGACUGGCAUCGGUUUAACUUGAGGCUAAAGAUUUCAGUAAAGCCACCAGUUACCGCCGAGGAGUUUGAGAGGAAGACUGGGGCUGGGGAUUUGUCAAGUAUCUCAGGUUCAGAGUCUGACUCAGAGGAGGAAAAAUCUGAUGGGGAUGAGGGAGAAACGAGCUGGAACGCCGCCGCUGGUGGGGAUAAUGACAACUUGGAUGACAUCGGCUUAAUGACAGGAAGGCUCUCCAGCAAAGUAGUGUUCCAGGAUUCAGUGGGACAGUACCUGUCAGUUUACCGCUGGAUUCUACACGGAAAGACAGAUGAAGAGCAAGAUUUGGAAUCCUGUUUAAAGUCCAUCACCAAGAGGACAUUGUGGAUCAUCCUCAUGACAGGCGGUGGCCAUUUUGCUGGCGCUGUAUUCCAAGGGAAAGAAGUCCUUCAGCACAAGACCUUCCACCGAUACACUGUGCGCGCAAAGAGGGGCACUGCCCAAGGACUCAAGGAUUCUCAAAACCGGAGUCACGUGGCAAAAUCUGCGGGAGCGGCUCUGAGGCGCCACAACGAAGCAGCGCUAGUCAAGGACAUUCAGGAUCUCUUGGAGGGCUGGGGAGAACACCUAAAAGAAGCAUCUGCCAUAUUCAUACGAGCCCCAAGCUACAAUAAGACGAUCUUCUAUGGUGGACGCACGAGUCCGCUGGACAAAAAGGACACCAGGGUUCGCAGCAUUCCCUUCCCCACGCGCAGGGCAACCUUUCGAGAAGUGCAGCGGGUACACAAUGUGCUUUCCACAGUUCAGGUUUAUGGGAAGGACACUGACAUGUCCACUUUCACCAGUGUAUCAAAGAAGGCAUGGAAAAAGACAGCCCAACCUGCAGUACCACUGAGGACUGAACAAGAGGAAGAAGCUAUCCAGAGCAGCUCAGAUGAGGAGCAAGGAGGUGAGAUUCAACUUGAGAUGGUGGAGAUGACCAUUGGAACACGGGACCUCAAGGAGUUUGACAUCCAACCCUCUAGACAUAAUAGGAGGAGGAGGAGGAGAAAGAAAGAGGCGGAGGAGGAAAACAAACAUGAAGAAGAGGAGGUGGGAGAGCUUUUUAACCCAGAUGUAGACGUCGUAGGCGAAGAAGAUGACACCCCUCAGCAGACUCAACCGAAGAACAAGAAUAGGAGGAAGAAACAAGCUGAGGACGCAGUGGGUGACUCAUGGGAGUACAGUCUGAGGGACGCCCUCUUCACAGCCUGCAAGGUUGGGGAUGUGGAUGCCUUGUGUUGUCUCCUCAAUCUUUCCGGAGGACAGCCUCGGGAGCCGUCAGAGGGCAAGGCUGUGGACGGUGCCAGUCCGUUGGCUCUUCUUAAUAAGCACAUUGACUCUUCGGGGUUCACUUUGCUGCACGUUGCAUCAACGGCUGCUCAGAAAGCUGUAGUCAGGCUGCUGCUGGACGCUGGAGCAGACCCAGCAUGCAGUGAUAACAAAGGGCACACCCCGUAUAACGUCAGCCCCGACAAGGACACGAGGACCGUGUUUCGUAAAUACAUGGGUGACAACCCUGACAAAUAUGACUACAACAAGGCUCGGAUACCUGGGCCAUUAACAGCAGAGAUUGAAUUGAUGAAGACAGAGAAGAAGAAGGCUCAAAAGGCGCUGAAAAAACAACGUGAAAAGACACAGAAGGAGGAGAAGCGGAAACAAGAAAUGGAACUGGAGGAAAAGAAAAAGUUUGUGUCUUUAUCGGAUCGAGAAAAGAGAGCUUUGGCAGCUGAGAAGAGGUUAGCAGAGCAAGUAGCUGCAACUGGAGCCAGCCUCUCCAAUGUCAAGAGGUGCUGGGAGUGUGGAGAGUCUCUGCUGGGCAAAAUCCCAUUCCAGUACCUGGAUUUUUCUUUCUGCACCCCUCGCUGCGUACAAGCACAUCGCAAAGCUAAUGCUCUAGCAGGAAAAAGCUAACAGACUUUAAAAGUUUGAUCACAGUACAAAUUUAAAAAUCAUCUGUAUUGUAAAAAUACUCUAUAAAAUAUUAAGUUUUGCCCUCAUGGGGUAAAACAAAAUUGUCAUUCCAUCAUUGUUGGACUGUCAAGUGCUAAACCGUGACGCAGCAUUAGAGCCUCACUGAGAAAAAAAAAAAAAAAAAGUUCAAUUAUGAGGUGAAGUCAUACUCUUUAAGAAAAAAAUGCAAUUCUACAAGAAAAAUACUUGGUAACAGCAUUAAGUCCCCCCCCCCCAAAAAAAAGACAUAC